AUGGCACAGAGCACAUACUCUGAGCAAUUGGCUCGAAGUCAGACCGGAGAGUCGGAACCUCAGGGAAUGCUUGCCAGAGACAGACAACGUAGAACGACAUUCUACAGCUAUCAGCUAGAGAAGCAGAUGUCCCAUGUUGAAGCGAAGCAGUUCUAUCAGCAGCAACGACAGAACACCAUCGAUGGCAAUAGUACAUCAGCGACUCCAUUGACUAGCAGAAGCCCUAUCAUACAUCCAAGAGCAUUUCCAAUCCUGGGCGGCGAUCAAAGCACGCUCGGAUACUCUGGAAGCGUUCGUAGUCACCAAAGUUCCAAGCCUCCAGCAUAUCAAUCUGCACUGCCUGUUGGCCUUGUGGACCCUACCAAGGCACCAGAUCACCCAAGCGUUCAAACCCCCAAUCUGGGUCGAUUUGAAGGGAUCAAUGGCACCGCGUCAGCCUCGAAUGUCGGUCCGUCAGCUUUGCGUACCGACACGUCGCAUUACCAUCCGUCAUUCGCUCAGCACUCCGAUUCACAGAUGGCUCCAGCCGAGCCAACUCAUGACGCAGCUCCAGCAAUUCACUCUAGCGUCGCAACGGAGCUCAACGAGAUCUACAGCAAUAUUCAGAAGAUUCUUGACAUUCGCCACAAAUACAUUCGCCUGUCGCUGCAAGGUCCAACGGACAAUCCACGAGACGAUCCUGGCUGGAACAUUUACCCUCCACCGCCAGAGCCCGUCUGGCAGAACAACAAAGAGCGAGCCGAGCCAUCUCAAGAAGCAGACCAGAGCGGGGCCCGCUCACCGCCCAUUACGCCUGCAGAUGGAGCUGCGACAAACUCGCAGCGGCCAUCACGGAAGAUGGGUACUGACAUUGGCGAAGACUUCUACUAUGAAGACUGCCUUCCGCUACCAGAGGCCUCCGAGAUGACGUUCCAGCUAGAUGCGAAAGGUGUAUUUCAAGUCUACGAAACAAAAACUUCUGUUGAGAUGGGCGAACCAAUCAUUCACAUUCCGGAUAUCCGGGAAUUCUACAUGGAUCUGGAUACAGUUCUCGGAAUAUCGUCAGAUGGACCGAGCAAGUCAUUUGCAUUCCGCCGGCUGCAAUAUCUCGAGGGCAAGUUCAACCUCUACAACUUGCUGAAUGAGUAUCAAGAAAUUGCAGACACAAAAGCUGUGCCGCAUCGUGACUUCUACAACGUACGAAAGGUUGAUACACACGUUCACCACUCUGCUUGUAUGAAUCAAAAGCACUUGUUAAGAUUUAUCAAGAGCAAGAUGAAGAAAUCGCCCGAUGAAGUCGUUCUCUUCAGAGAUGGAAAGUACCUCACCCUCAAAGAGGUGUUUGAAAGCUUGAAGCUUACAGCUUAUGACUUGAGUAUCGACACAUUAGAUAUGCACGCGCAUGUGGAUUCUUUCCACCGGUUCGACAAGUUCAACCUUAAAUACAACCCUGUUGGCGAAAGCAGAUUGCGAACAAUCUUUCUGAAGACGGACAAUCACAUCCAGGGCCGCUAUCUUGCUGAAAUCACUAAAGAAGUCAUCUCGGAUCUAGAAAGCAGCAAAUACCAAAUGGUAGAGUGGCGCAUCAGCAUCUAUGGUCGCAGCCUGGACGAGUGGGACAAGUUGGCCGCUUGGGUGGUCGACAAUAAACUAUACUCGCCGAACGUUCGUUGGCUGAUCCAGGUGCCGCGACUGUUCGACGUCUACAAGUCAUCCGGUCUGAUGGACAAGUACGAAGAAGUGGUGAAGAAUGUGUUCCAGCCUCUGUUCGAAGUCACGCAGAAUCCGAGCACGCAUCCAAAGUUGCACGUCUUCUUGCAGAGAGUCAUUGGGUUUGACUCCGUUGAUGACGAAAGCAAGGCUGAGCGUCGUAUUUAUCGCAAGUUCCCUCUACCGAAGGAUUGGAGCACGCCACAAAAUCCUCCCUACAGCUACUGGAUUUAUUACCUCUUUGCCAACAUUGCCUCACUCAACGUGUGGCGGAAGCAGAGAGGAUUUAAUACAUUCGUACUAAGACCCCACUGUGGUGAAGCAGGAGACACAGACCAUCUGGCCGCUGCCGUCUUGUGUUGCCACAGCAUCAGCCACGGUCUGCUUCUUCGCAAGGUUCCGCUACUACAGUACAUCUUCUACCUCGAACGCAUUGGUGUUGCCAUGUCACCGCUUAGCAACAACGCGUUAUUCCUCGCCUACGAACGCAAUCCCUUCCUACAAUACUUCCGACGAGGCUUGAACGUGAGUCUCUCGACCGACGAUCCUUUACAAUUCGCUUUCACCAAAGAGCCCCUGAUCGAAGAAUAUGCCGUUGCUGCACAAAUCUACAAGCUGUCCGCGGUCGACAUGUGCGAACUGGCCAAGAACUCCGUCCUACAGUCCGGUUUCGAGCAUGCCAUGAAGCAGAGGUGGUUGGGCAAGAACUUCCACCUCCCGGGCACGGCAGGAAACGACAUGGCCAAGGUCAACGUUCCCAACAUCCGCGAGGCCUACCGCCACGAGACCUGGCUCCAGGAAAUGGCCAUGAUCGAUCGAUACACCAACGCUCCCGCCGGCAGCCGAAUCAGCGCCUCGAGACUCGCGCCCGACGCCGCCGCAGCAACAGCAAGCUCGCAAAUCCCACCACCCAGCCCCACCGUGAGCAUGAAGACUAAUCCCUCGGCAACGAAUUUGCUGGCCAGCGACUUCUCCGGCCGCACGCGACCGGGCCACCACACACCAAGCGAGGUCCUCUCCCAACUCCCGCACGCCUAUCUCCCCAACGCUCAAGCCGCGCGUACCGCCGGUGGUUCUGGCGGCGGCCCAUCCCUCAGCGUCGAAGUGCCCCACGACACAGCCGAGACCAGUCUCCCGCACCGGCCCUCCAAGCUUCGCGACACCACCGUGCCCGCCGAAGCGACGUCAGCAGCAGCAGAUCCCACCACGGAGCUCGCCAGCCCGACCGGCGGCGACAACAGGGCGGCCCUGAGUCCCACCGGUUCCAAUAUGCACAAUUCCCUGACGGGACUCGGCGGCCUCGAUGGCGGUUCGCCGCGGAUUUUUCCCGGCGUGGUGAGUCGACAGCGGAAAGCGUCGAUGGAUGAGACUUCACUGGCGGCUCGGGAAAGUUGA